AGAGCGAAUCACAUAAAGUUUGGGGAGUGUGCAGUCGGGGAGCUCUACGACAAGACCUUCACAGUCACCAACCGCAGCAAGGAGGAGGUGAUGCGGUUUGAGUGGCUGCUGGCAGAUGCCCCGUUCCAGUUCUCCCCCAAGGUGGGACACCUCCAGCCUGGCUGUGCCAAGGAUAUCAGAGUGACCUUGAAAUCCAAGGUCCCGGUCACCAUCAAAAGGCACUCUGUGAACUGUAAGGUGGCCAAGAUCAAAUACCAGCUGCCACCAGAGGUUUACGACUGGGAUGACAGAAUGUGCACUGAGAAGUGGGAGGAUACCACCGAGAGACUCCCGGGAGCCCGCUGGCCUUUGAAGCGGAGGGUGGUCAAGGCAGUCCCGGAACCACCUCACACCAUCGUGGAGAGGAGCAGCCACGAGGUCGAGCUUGUCCUCAGUGCUCAGGUUGACUACGCUGAGUUCAAACUGGACACGGUCGAGGUUCAACUGAAGCAGACUGAGCUCUUCCAGACAGAGAUAAGCACUUUCCGGAUGUCCAAUACAGGGAAUGUAGCCCUGAAAUACUGCUGGGAGGAGAAUCUGGAGGAGGAAAUACCAUCAAAGAGUUCUGGGAGGCCGUUCUUGUCCACUCAGACACGUAAGUGUUUGGCUCUGGGUGGUGCCUGGGCCAUUUCAGUUGAUAGCUGAGGGCCUGGGGAGAAGACCCUACCACUUCACCCCAAAACAUUAAUUGUUUUUUCAUCCCUGUCCACUUCCCAGCUGCAGCUGGAGAGUUUUCUCCUUACCCUCUCUCUGCCUUUUAGCCCCUCCUGUUCUUGCUCUGCCGCUUGUGCUCUGCACAGGAGCUGAGCUGGGCUCCAGGGACAGCCAUGUGCUGGGUCAGGACUGGGAAGGGGGGCAUCAGGGCACCUCUUUGGGAAGUCUCUGAGACUGGGAAGAACAAGGGUGGAACAAGUGAGCUGCCCUGCAGCCGCUGUCUGGAUGCAGUUCCCCACUCCAGGGCAAAUGCAAAGUCACUGUCUAAAACCAAGCCUCCUGCCCCGGCACGGGAGUGUGUGCUGCAGGUGGAGACCCUGCUCCCAGCUGCUCUGUCUCCUGCUGAAAGUACUUGGCCAGAGGCACUCCAAGUGCAUCCCAGCUCUCUUCUAUCCACCUGCAGCAGGAGGCAGAGUUGUUGGGAACAAAGGAUUUUGUCUUUGAAAGAUGUCUUCUUCCCUCCUGCAGGUGAUUUCUUGUCCUCUACUGCUGAGGAUCUCUGGGAAAGGAAUCGUGCAAGGCUGGUGCAGCAGGCAUUGCCGCUCGAGUCAGCUCACCCCCAGCCAAGUCUGCGCCUUUCAAAGCAGCUGUGCCGCUCUUCGAAGGGCCUUAGCUCCUCCCUGGAAUUCUCUCCAAUUCUCGUCAAGGACCCACCACUGUUCUCCAUCGAGCCCCACUGCGGUACCAUCCCUGCUGGCCAGAAUCAGAUUUUCCGUGUGAAAUUCUUCCCGACGCGUGUGGGGGAAUUUAAGGCCGAAAUGCUGUGCAGACUUCUUAACCUGAAGCCAUCUCAGAAGAGCCCACGGGUGUUUGUGAUGGGGAAAGGCUGUUUGCCGAAGGCUGAUCUGAAACGCUUUACAUCACUGCAAAAAGGUGAAACCCAGAGCAGCAAACCCAAGAAGAAGGUGCAGCAGUCAGCAAAACUAGAGUGACACCAUUUGUGUCAUGGCUUCUCCUGCUCGUGGUUUCCCAGCCUUCAGCAGAGACCUCCCCAGCUACUCUUCAAGCCCCAACACCCAUCUCUACCUCAUCUGUGUACUACCUAAUAAACUGUGUCUCAACGCACAA